CAGCCCGCCUGAGUCACUCUCCUGGUCCGGCUCGGCAGUGCCUCUCGCUGGGGAGUGCCGGUCCGCUCGCCCCGCUCCUCCUGACGCUUGUGUCCGCUCCUCCAGCUCCGCAGCGAUGGGCCGUUUCCGAAAAGGAAGCCGAUGAGAGGCUUCGUCCGCCGGACGUUUGCGAGUUGAGCUCGCCGGGACGAGUGUUUGUGAAGUAUCCGCUCCGGAGCGCGAUGGGGGCGCAGGGGAGGCUGCAACCGGCUCUCUCCGGCAUACUCUUCUGAAAUCCCGCGCCACAUCGACAGCUGUAAAGCCACCGUUCCCCCGCUGACUGGUACUCAGAUCCAGCGGCGCAGCGGCAACCGAGCCCCGGUCACCGUCCAUUGCCAUGGCCCUCGGCAUCAACCGGGGGCGAGGCGUGCUGGUCAAAGCUCUCAGGUGAGUGUCGGUGCUCAGUGGAAGUCUGGUGGCAUCAAACCGGAUAAAUUAACUGGCAAAUCCGAUCCCCAUUCACAAAAAUCCCGUUCCGGCCUUUGGCGUGUGGUUUUUAAGAUAUCGAACUCAAUAAUUUUAAGUGCAAAAACAGCGGUUUGUCUGCAGAUUGCAUCUUUGCGCAUCGCAGUGGUUUGCAUGUAGUCUGCAGCUGCUUAUCUGCUCUUCAUCAUUGCCUUCCCUUUAAACUGAAAGUGAACGAUUAUAACUCUCUAGGGCAAUUUAUACGUGUGCGUGUGUGCGUGUGUGCGCGCGCUGGGGGGAGUACAGACAGUGUGUAUAUUGCUAACUCGUGUGGUAGCAAAUGCAUACAAGUUGUGAACUCAACUAACUUUAAGAUGGCGAAUGAGAGAAGUAACAGUAAAAUAUAAACGACAUCACCAACAAAAUGCAUUAGAAAUUCUAUAGGGAGUAGUAACAAUAAUGCACUGUAUGAAUAAGAUGGGAAACACGCAAUGAAAUAGGGUUUCCUCAUUUACUCAACUGCAGAGAGUACCAGGAGUCUAUUAAGGCUAAUGUGGGGAUGUGUUUAUUUAUGCAAACAUUAAUGUCACAUGAAAUAUUUUUUUUUCUUAAAUAAUGAACUAAUAAAUACAUUAUGCAAAAAUACUUAGUUAUAAUGUGUUUUAAUACAUAUUGCACUAUAAUAUGUAUUAUAUAAAUAUAACAUCUAACAAAUUCUUGAUCAAACGCUAUAUUUGUAGUGAUCUCUUCAUUCUUUUUCGGGGGGCAAUAUCCAAAUGUUUAGCAGGCUUCAAUCGGCGUUGCUUCAACUUCAGCUUUACAGAUGCCGUUGUCACGUUCUCGGUGUGGUUUGGACCCCAAUAUGCAGAGACGAAGCCACGGAGUGCAAAAGGUAAGGGUACUUUAAUUACAUAAGCAGGAGAAACAAAAGGCGACAGAGGAAAGGCUCUGUGACAAAAGUGCAAGUACAGGUAAGUAAAUUGUUUAAGUUACCGCACUGACUUGGAGACGAGAAGCAUGGAUAGCAAAGACAAUAAUAAUGAACCAGCGCCGCACAUUCGAACGCACUGGCCUUUUAUCUGCCAUUAAUGUUAAUUGGCCGCAGGUGCGCGGCCACCGGGCGAGAAGCGGCUGCCUCUUCCUCCCCGGAGAAGGCACAGCCCGCCAAAAUAAGAGCGCAGGACAAGGAACACUCGUUCCCGUCCUGCAGAACGUCACAGUAUCCCCCCCCCACAAAACGGAUACCAGACGUUUCAAAUGUUCAAGAAUACCAGGGUGGGUGGAGGGAGGCUCGGCGGAGGGUCGCUGGGCUUGAACGCCCCCCACCAUGGGACGAACGGCAAAGCCGGGCCAGCCUCCCCACCGCCGGCGAGAAGGUGUCCGGUGGCGACGAUGGGUCGUACGAUGGUACAGCCGGCGAGCGUGGCAGGCGAGGGAGUCCCAUGAGAGGCGUAUGGGGCGGCAGGCUCCGCGGCGACGAGGUGGGAGGCGGCCAGGGCGGCCGGCUCCGCGGCGACGAGGUGGGAGGCGGCCAGGGCGGCCGGCUCCGCGGCGAUGAAGUGGGGGGCGGCCGGGUCCGUGUGACGGCUUGGUCUCGGCCGGAGGCGAAGGCGGAGCCACGGAGGACGAAGGCUUGCUCUCAGCAGGAGAAACAGCUGCGGAGGACGGAGGCUUACUUUCUGCCGCAGGUGGAGCCAGAACCAGAGGUGAUCCCACCUCGGCCCCGCGUGGAAGGAUAGCGGGCACCGGAGGUGGCCUGACCUCGGUCUGGCGAACUGUCGUCCCUGCGGCCCGCUCCGGAAGCAGCUGUGCGGCUGAGAGUGCACCGCCGACCAUAGCCCCCCCCUCAAGGGACGGAUUCCAGACGUCCGUAAGAGAGCCAGAAGGGUGGAGAGGGGGCUGGAGGUGGGCCUUGCAUCCGACCACCUGGUUGCGCUGAGCAAUGCGGGUCCUCAACUCCCGGAGGCGCUCCAUGAUCCCUCCGGGUGCCUCGUAGUCCCGCAGUCUACGCUCGUGCCGAGCGGUGAUCUCGCGAAGACUGCGGAGCACAGUCUCUGCGGGGGUCAGUUCUGGCUGGUUCAUUCUGUCACGUUCUCGGUGUGGUUUGGACCCCAAUAUGCAGAGACGAAGCCACGGAGUGCAAAAGGAGCUGUGGGUGAUGCGGGGCCUUCACAUGGAGCCGCGUCAUCAAUGCCGUGCAUUGUCUUGUGGCCUUAAGGGUGGUCAUGUGCCGCCAGGCUGAAGAUGCAUAAAUAGUAGAAGUUGAUCAAAUGAAAACAAGAUUCAUAUACACCCACCCACACACACACACACACACACACACGCACGCACACACACGCACACACAUCUCCUAAUGGAACUCCUCCCACUUAAGAGGUUGGACUUUACCCAGGGCCAAUUUGGGACUUUCCUCUUGCCACUGAAGUGUGGUGUAAGUCAUCGAUUGUCAACGUUUGCUGUCUAAAGUCCCUAAAACAUCCUGACAGCACACAAAAAGUUAUAAGAAUGCACCUUCUUCCUGACUGGACACCGCACACACGCACACAUCAGACAGUUUACGGCAUGAUAACUAACACGCAGACUGUUUAGCACAUCAAUGUAUACAUCUAUAGGACUUUUGUCACUAUCAUGGCAACUCGUCGACAUGACUGAUAACUGCAACAGGGGUCAAUUGAGCGCGUCCUGUCACAAAACAAUGAAACGAGGCCCCCUUGUGGUAGGAAAAUGUUAGAGCCAUUUAAAACCCAGCUGCGAGAUUUUAAAGCGCUCAUGACACCAAAAAUGUCUGGAAAAAACAGCAACAAAAUGAAAGCACUCGCUUAAUAAAACAUUUUUGUCAUACUGCUGUGAAAGGUAAAUAAAGAACUGUGAAAUAGGAGUGAAAUGAAGUGGUGAUUUUCACACAAGCGAGUUUUCUUUCUUUUUUUUAAAUUUUUGACUAGCAAGAACACUAUCCAUCCAUCCAUCCAUCUUUUAUGCCGCUUCUCCUCAUUUAACUUUGAAUGUCACUGUGCAUAAUAUAGCUGAGGUAGCAGAGGUCAAAGAUCAACCGAACUUCAUUCAGCUUUUAGGGGUUUGUUUUUCGUAAACUCAAUGAGGCCCUCUUGUGGUAAGAUAGCAAAUGUGCAGGUAGUCCUAAACUAUGGUACAGCACGGUGUCAUUUUGGCAACCAAAGACAGCAUUAUUAUUGCACAGGUCUGCCUGAGAUUGGCCACAAUAAAAGGC